AAAACCAUCCACCGGCGACCGAUUACGAUCGGUUGAAUCGAUUCACGGGACGCUGGCGGCGGCUGAAGCAGCAGGAGCCCAGAUCCGGCGGCGAUGAUGAAGUCGCUGCUGCCGCAGAGCCAGCUGCGGCGCUCGGCGGCGGCCUCCUCCGCGGCCCGCUCCUCCGCCGGCGGCGCCGAGGCCCCGCCGGCCUCCGACGGCGCCGCGAAAUCCAGCUCCUCCUCCACCUUCUGGUUCCUGCUCCACGCGCUCUGCUGCCUAAUCUCGCUCUUCCUCGGCUUCCGCUUCUCGCGCCUCCUCUUCUUCCUGCUCUUCUCCAGCAGCGCGCUCUACGCCGCCUCCAACACCAAGCCCUCCUCCUCCGCGGUCCUCCGCGCCAUCACCACCACCACCACCACAACCACCACCACCACCACCACCACCAACACCUUCACGCUCUCCUUCAACCCCUCCACCCCCCCACCCCCCUCCACCCUCACCACCACCAACCUCACCGCCCUCGACGAGGCCACGCAGAGCCACGUCGUGGUCGGCCGCCACGGGAUCCGGAUCCGGCCCUGGCCGCACCCGGACCCCGUCGAGGUCAUGCGCGCGCACCGCAUCAUGGACCGCGUGCAGGAGGAGCAGCGCCGAUGGUACGGCGUCCGCGAGCCGCGCCACGUGCUCGCCGUCACCCCGACCUACGCCCGCGCCUUCCAGGCGCUCCACCUCACCGGCCUCCUCCACUCGCUCCGCAACGUCCCCUACCCGCUCACCUGGAUCGUCGUCGAGGCCGGCGGCGUCACCAACGCCACCGCGGACCUCCUCGCCCGCUCCGGCCUCACCGUCGUCCACGUCCCCUUCCCCGACCGCAUGCCCCUCGACUGGGCCGAGCGCCACACCACCGAGAACCGCAUGCGACUACACGCCCUACGGGUGAUCCGGGAGCGGAAGAUGGACGGAGUGGUGAUCUUCGCGGACGACAGCAACGUGCACAGCAUGGAGCUCUUCGACGAGGCGCAGAAGGUGCAGUGGAUGGCCGCCGUCUCCCUCGGCAUCCUCGCCCACACCGGCGCCGCCGAGCAGCCGCGCCUCACCGAGGAGGACAGGAAGGGCAUGCCGCUGCCGGUGCAGGGCCCCGCCUGCAACGCGUCGGGGCAGCUGGCCGGCUGGCACACCUUCAACACGCUGCCAUUCUCCGGGAAGACCGCCGCCGUGGUCGGCGAGGCCGCGCCCGUGCUGCCCAGGGGCCUCGAGUGGGCCGGCUUCGUCAUCAACUCCAGGAUGCUGUGGAAGGAGGCCGAGGGCAAGCCUGACUGGGUCAAGGACCUUGAUGCUGUGGGGGAGAAUGGGGAGGAGAUUGAGAACCCGCUCACUCUGCUGAAUGAUGCGUCGUUUGUUGAGCCGCUGGGGAACUGUGGGAAGAAGAUCCUGUUGUGGUGGCUCCGUGUUGAAGCCCGCGCCGACAGCAAGUUUCCAGCGGGUUGGGUAAUUGAGCCACCUUUGGAAGUUGUCAUUCCUGCCAAGCGCACGCCGUGGCCAGAAACCACCACCGAAGUUUCAUCGGAGCAGCUAGAGGGCAAGCAAGAGCAGGAGGAUAGGCGGCUGUCACGAACCAACCGAUCAGCUAGGCCCCGAAGCACCACCACUAAACGGAAGGGGGGUGACGUUCAGAACUGAGGCAGGAUGAACAGACCAUGUAAUGUACAUCUCACAUUAUCUUACAUCCGCGGUACGUACAAUAGGAAGCAUAUGUGGUUGACCCUUGUGGGUAUUGUGUUUAUUUUUUCUUACUGAUGUUUUGCUCCGGUGGAAACGCCCCAUGCUGGGACAUGUCUUCCGUAGAAGGCUGAUUCGGUAUGGUAUGUAGCUCUACUUGUUGUGCUGUAAUAUACACCGCAAUCGCGUCAAGAAAAUGGUGCUCUGCGCUCUGGAAAUUCUGUAUGCAUCUUGACUUCUGAAGUUUCGUGUGAUGAUCA